AUGGGUGGUGGUGCUUUCGCUGAAUUUGUUGAAAAUCGUCUACGAGACAAAAAAGUUUCCAUACACUCCACGAUAAGUAAGAUCAAAUAUUCCUCGUCUCAUGUUUCGACACAUUCGGCCUCGAAGACAGACAUCAAAGACGAGACUAUCAAAGCUCUGAUGUUUAUUGAAUAUGGUCGUCACCGUGGUUUCCCCGCAGAAGAGCUACUCGUCCAUGAAAUCACCAGGUCCGCUUUCUUCUUGGUUGACAAGGAUGGCUAUGUGAAAAAGAGUGUAAAAUCCCAGUUGGCGACAGAGUUGCUGAAGCUAUGCCCAGAAAUAGACGCAAAAGGCCCGACAACACCUCUACCAACCAAAGCUUAUAUUAUCGACUUCAUGGCGAUGGUUAGAAAAAUCCCAUUGAAGAAACUGGAACUACCUGUGAAGACAUUCAACGACUUUGCAGCUGCCCUGACUAAAAUGAUCGUCCACGCUGGAGGCAACAGUGAUGAAAUACGCGUAGUUUUCGACACUUACAAGGAAGACAGCAUCAAGAAUGUAGAAAGGCAGAGAAGAGGAAAGUCAAAUGAAAUGAUUGUUUUGGAUUCGAUUUCUCCAAACCAUCGAGUCCCCGUUAAACUGGAGAACGUUUGGUCUUCUUCCGCUAGCAAAACCGCAUUCCAAGCAUUCUAUGUCGAAUGGCUCAAAACCAACUACGAUGGAAAUAAACCGCUAUACCUUGGUAUAUCUCCAAAAGCAUGGUUCGUAUCGGCAGGACGUGCAUCUCCAUUCCCUGGACUUGAUUGUACACACGAAGAAGCUGAUGAUAGGAUGAUAUUUCAUGUUCAAUAUAUUUUAUGUCACGAAUCUGGUCCCACUUCAAUUACGCUCUCCUCGGGUGAUACAGAUGAUUUCGUAUGCCUCUUGUACCACUUUGCUGUCAACUGGAAACAUCUUGGUCUUGAUGAAUUAUGGCUUAUACGCAAUUCAGGCCUAAAACGUUCAAUAUUGCCACUGACGAAGAUAUGUCUCACGCUUGAAGAAGAUUUAAUAAAAUGUCUUCCUGCACUUCAUGCACUAACGGGAUGCGAUACAACCAGCAAGAUAGCCACGAAAUUAGCAGCUCUCAACGCUAUUCGCAUUCCAAGGAACCUCCCACUCCUCGCAAAUUUUAAUUGUCCACAACUGACAGACAACGCGAUAAAAUUGGCAGAAAUUUUUUUGGUCAAGUGCCUCAAACCAUCUACGCACUUGGAAACAUUUGAUGAGCUACGUAUCGAUACAUUUGACAACAAUGCCCUGAAAUUAGACUUCGAAAAAACAGCCUGCACCAGUACGAACAUUAGGAUGCAUAUCCAAAAAAGCUAUUAUCAAUCGCAGCUGUGGAUUCAAGCCCCAUUUAGAGAAACAACAACGCUUUUGAAGGCCGACGAUUAUGGCUUUGAAAGAAAAAACAAUUUAAUUGUUCCUGAAAUUGUCAUCAACAAACCUGAGGGCCUUUUGCAUCCGUGUAAGUUUGGUAAAUGCGAUCGUAAAAAUGCAUGUCCCUGCAGAGUGGCUGGAGUUAGCUGUUGUAAAUAUUGUAAAUGUAAGGCUAGUGAAAAUUGCAAAAAUCCAAUAACAGAAUGA